GUCACAGCCUCGGAGAUGGCACAGGAUAAUAGCAUCACAUCGGAGCCAUCGAAGACAACCACAACGACAACGACGACCAGUGAAGAUGUGGUCACCACAUACAAGGAGACCAGUCAACUGAGUGCGGCCAACGGUGUUGCAACUGCCUCAAAUUCGGCAACGCCAGCCAAUGGCAAUUCAGCAGCAGCGGCCAACUCAUCGUCGGCUGCUUCAUCGUCGGCAGCAGCAGCAGCGGCGACGGCGUCGUCAUCGACUCGAAAACCAACGCAUGCUGAGCCACAGAGUCUAAGUCUUAGCCAGGGAGCGGAAGAUAAAUCGGAUGAGGCGAGCGAUGAGGAUGAUGAUGUCGAUGUCGAUGAUGAUGGCUGCAAUGGCUGCACAAAUCCGGCCAUCAAUAGUGCCGACAACAGUCAAGCGCUGGACGACAGCAUUGAGAGUCCAUCGCCAUCGCAUCGUCUCGCAGCUGCUGCAGCAGCGGGAACAGCGGGAGCGUCAUCAUCGAGCAAUGGCCGAGGACAGCUGAAGGUGGAGUCAUCGGAUGUCUAUCAAAUUGUCGAUGAGCUGCGUCGGAAUACGAAUCUCAGUUUCGAUUUGUCGUGCAAGGCAUUGCGUGUUGUGUUGACCAGCCUGGAGAAGUUGUACAAUGGCGCCAUCAAUCCGUAUCUGGAGCCAGUUGCUGUCCAUGUUACCGGCAAAGUGCCGACGCCCAAGGAGCUGCUGGGCAUCACACACGAUGCGAAGCGUUUGCAGUAUUUGUUUAACCAGUUCGCCGAUUGCAAGAACGAUACGGAGCAGCGCAAUUGGAUGCUCUACGAAGAUGAUGAGGAUAUUAUACAAUUUCUUGAGGAACUUGUCGAAAUACUGUCUGCUUGUGGUGGACAGAACAAUGCGGAUGAGAACAUCAGUUGCUAUGAGAUGUCGCGCGAUCAGUAUCAGAUGUUCAUCAAUCUUGUGCAGUACUAUCAGAUGUAGAGACGCUGGUCCAUCAAACGCCUCCUGCUUCAGACCUUCACAGCUGCCUGUCAUCUUGAUCACAUUAUCGUCGACAUUCUGCUAACUUCACUGCUGCCACUCGAGAUUGUCAAAGAUAUGAAGGCACACUUUGCCGAUCUGGAUCUGUUUAAGCAGCUGGUCAAGAUGCUAACCAUAAUAUUCUCGUUGGGCCAGCUGAUGCCUGUGAAUCAUGCAGAUUAUUUGGACGUGCACUAUGCCAGCUUUUUGCUUGAAAUAGUCGAGGGCACCAACCCGGAGGUGCUGGUGGAUAUGGUGAUCGCUCUGAUUCUGGGAUUCAAUCAGCAGUUUAGCGAGCAUGCGGUGAAUGUGAUCAUCGAAGCCAUGCAGAAUCGGCCUACAGCCAAAGUGUUCACCGAGAAGCUCUUGUUGCUGCUCAAUCGAGAAGAUGAUCCAACGCGACUGCUGAAGCAUCACAAUGAGCACAUGAACACGGUGCUGCGCAUGUUUAUUGACAUCUUCAGUCAUCCGGAUACGGCUGGCAUGUUUUAUACAAACCAUAUCAAUGACCUCAUCGAUAUUGUGGUGCGUCAACUUUCCGAUCUGGAUGCGGGCAAUGUGGUAAGUAAUAAUAUAUGUAUUAUAUAAUUACCUUACUAAUAAUCUGGGUGUUAGUUACGUCCAUGCUAUUUGGAGCUGUGUCGUCGCAUUUUGCGCAACACAAACUAUCAGGACCAUCAGCAUCGCAAGCACGAUCUCAUGAAGAUCUUUAUGCGCAUCUUUUGCGAGGAGACCGAAUGCAGUGCAUCCGAUCAGCAGUAAGUGCGCGAAAUCGCCAACGAAUAUUCCCAAUUGUUUAAAGACAGAGCCAGAAUCUAGAAUUGCAAACAGAAAAAAAACACAACUCCUAAAACCAACUAAAACCAAAAUAAAUACCAAUCUAAAGCGUUGCUAUUGAGGCUACCAAAGCGAGCCAACCAAAAAUAUUUUCAAUUUUAAAUUGUAUAGUUUACAAAACUGAGGAAUCAACAGCAGCUAAAUAACUUUUCGGAUAGCCUUAAACAAAUGAAUCAACUGCUCGCUAUCUCUAUCUAAUCAAAUCAAUAACAAGAAAUGAAAAUGCAAAACAAACAAACUUUUCGACAAAUGCAAUUUUAUAUAAUAUGUGUUUAUUAAUUUGUAAGACGUUUUUAAUUGGUAUUAAAGUUUAUAAAUAUGUUAAGUUUAUUGUUAAACGAUAAAACAAAAAAUCCCCAACAAAAAAAAAUAAUUGUUAAAUUGAAUUGAAGCAGAAAAAAAAACAAAACAAAAAAAUGUACAAAAGAAUUUUUAACAACAA